AUGCAGCGCCGGUCGUGUAACUCACUUUGCACUUCUGCAGCCGCGGACAAGAAGAUCGUGGAGGAAGUCUUCAAAAACGCCAUCGGUGGACUCUCGCCGGAGGACCAGAGUCUGCCGCAGGUGGAGAGCGUGCUGCCGCUACUCAUGAAGGGCAUCGGUAUUCACCACGGCGGCCUCCUGCCCAUCCUCAAGGAGACCGUGGAAAUCCUCUUCGGCGAGGGUCUGAUCAAGUGUCUCUUUGCAACGGAAACCUUCGCCAUGGGCCUGAAUAUGCCCGCGCGAACUGUCAUGUUCACGUCGGUGCGCAAAUACGACGGUGUCAAUUACCGAUGGGUCACCGCGGGUGAGUACAUUCAGAUGUCGGGUCGCGCAGGCCGACGUGGAAAGGACGCCAGCGGGACGGUCAUAAUGAUGGUCGACGAGACCCUCACUGAGGAGGCCGCGCACGCGAUUCUACAGGGUGACCCAGCACCGCUGAAUUCCGCUUUCCACAUCACCUACAACAUGCUGCUGAAUCUGCUGCGCGUUGAAGAAAUCAACCCCGAGUACCUCAUGGAGCGAAGCUUCUGCCAGUUCCAAAACUACGCCUGCCUGCCAGAUCUCCACAAGGAGUUAUUACAACUCCAGGAAGAGUACAACACAACAAAGUUGGAAGACGAGAAGCUGGUUGAGUCCUUUCAGCAAAUUCGUCUUUGUUUGCGUGACGUAGUUGAACAGCAGUGGAAGUAUGUUCGGCGGCCCGAGUACAUCGUCUCAUUCCUCCAGCCUGGCCGACUUAUUAAGGCAAGUCACCGUGGUAUUGAAACCGAUGGCGAAGACUACGGCUGGGGUGUUGUGAUCAACUUGAAGAAACGUCACCGGAAGGAUCGCGUGUCUGCGUCGGAGACCUUCUAUGUCAUCGACUGCCUCCUCUCCAGACAACCACCUUCAUCGUCUAGUGCCUCUUCAUCGGCCACGGCCGAACAGCCGACAACACCGAACGCCGAGAUCCUUCCGGUGCGUCUGGACUGCGUCUGCGGCAUCAGCGCGGUGCGUCUGGUGGUGCCGAACGACCUGCGGUCGCCGGAGGCGCGCAACAACCUCUACGCGUCCAUCGGCAAGGUCAAGCAGAAACUCGGCGGCUCGGGACUCCCGCUACUCGACCCAAUCACCGACAUGCACAUCAAGGAUGCCAAGUUCAUGGCAAUCACGGAGAAGGUGCGGGCUUUUGAGGAGCGGCUGAAGGCGCAUCAGCUCAACGACUCCCCGCGCCUGCCCGAGCUCCUGGCCGCGUACGAGCGUCGUGAGUCGCAGCGACGUCGCAUCGACGAGCUAACCGCCACCCUCACGCGCAAGGUCUCCCUCAUCCAGAUGGACCAGUUGGCGGCGCGCAAACGCGUCCUCCGCCGCCUCGGCUUCUGCAGUGAGCACGAUAUCAUUGAGUUGAAGGGACGCGUGGCGUGCGAGCUCACCUCGGCGGACGAACUUCUGCUCACCGAGCUCCUCUUCGAGGGCAUCUUCAAUCGCCUCUCGCCCGAGCAGAUCGCGGCCCUCCUCUCCUGCUUCGUGUUCGAGGAGAGGGCCUCCCAGAUGCCGAACCUCUCGAGGGAUUUGGCCGAUGCACUUCGAACGCUGCAGGACACAGCACGGCGCAUUGCUCGCGUGAGUAACGAGUGCCACCUACCCCUCGAUCCAGACGUCUACGUAGACUCCUUCAAGCCGCAUUUGAUGGACCUCGUGCUCUCCUGGGCCAACGGCGCCUCCUUCUCAAGCAUCUGCGCGGGCACAGACCUCUUCGAGGGCACCAUCAUUCGGUGCCUGCGUCUGCUCGAGGAACUCCUGCGUCAGAUGACGAAUGCCGCGCGCACCAUCGGCAACUCGGCGCUCGAGGCGAAGUUUAAUGAAGCCAUUGAAAAAAUCAAGCGUGACAUCGUCUUCGCAGCCAGCCUCUACCUCUAA